AUGAAGACUCUAGUCCUGACUCUGGUUCUUUCCUUGAUGUUGAUGAGUGGUUCUGCUCUGAAAUGCCACCAUUGUCUUCCACAAGUUCGUAGCAAGUGUAUUAGCACUAUUGAAGUCUGCAGCUCUCAGGACGAUGCCUGUCUCUCUGCUCACUUCACCAUCUACCCCUUUACCUAUUUCAGGAGAUGCAGCUCUCUGUCGGAUUGCCUCAUUCUCCAGACCAGUCCUAGCAUUAAAGCCCGAUGCUGUCAGAGUGACCUCUGCAAUUAGGACACUGCUGGACCAUGAACAUGCUUAAUCCAAAAGAUGAUCUCUUCACUAUU